UGACUGUAGACCGGUGCAGUGAACGGACGUGUUCAUCUUGAAAUCCGACUGGGCUGUCACGACCGCGUGAAUUUGUGUUAUUAUAUCAACGGGUCCAUUUGCUUUGUUGCCAUUUGUGCGGAUCCAAUUUUUAAAAUAAAAAGGGAAAUUUGCAGCGGUGUAAUUGUAUAUGGGGGACACAAGUUGUGUGCGUGUGAUGUUGCGGCGGCGGUGGGUUUGAAUGUCGUGAAAUUAGAAACCCCCAGGAGGCGAUCAAAUGUGCUGGACUCGAAUCCGACCGUCUCGUUGUCAUCACCGGGGUGAAUCAACCGAGUGAAACAUUUUCCCAAAAAUUUAAUCAAAAAGAAAAUUUUGAAAAAGCCACUCGACCGAUUAGAGGAAAUCAUGUUGAGCGUGAAGCUCUUGCUGCUGAUGGCAGCCACGCUAAUUCGAGCCACUUGGUCCCAGCACAAUGCCGGUCUUUUGGAUGGCGAGCCGAUCCAUCACGACCUGCUGAAAGCCAUUGAAGUUCCUCUGCGAGACGAAGAACACAUCACGUUCGGGACUGGUGUAGAUGGAUUCCCGGCUUUCGUUCUCUUUCGUGGCCACGAUAUUAAAAUCCCCUACAAGGUUCUCCUGCCUGACAAGCUCUACUCUGACUUUUCCAUUCUCGUUACCAUCAAACCAGAUAACAAUGAAGGUGGUUAUCUCUUUGCCGUGGUUGACCCUCUGGAAACUCUGGUCCAGUUUGGUCUGCGAAUCGGCCCUGCUGCAGGCCCAGGCCAGAGUGAGCUCUCCCUCUACCACACCCACCCAGAAGACCGUUUUGUUUCCAAGGUGUUGGCCAAGUUUCUGGUGCCCAAUUUCGCCAAAAAGUGGACUCGAUUCGCCUUUCGUGUGCUGGACAGCGGCCUGGGCGUGCCCAACGUGACUCUCUUCUUCAACUGCAUCGAGUACGGCAGUCUACUCAUCACGAGCGUUGCAUGGAAAGAGCAGCUGACCUUUGACACGGCCUCGACUCUUUAUAUAGGCCAAGCCGGAGGCCUGCUCCAACCACCCGGAGAGUUUGUGGGCACCAUCCAGGAGCUGAAGCUGACCAACGAGCCCAGUUUGGCCAGCGUUCAAUGUGAAGACAUCCUUCCGUUUUCCGGAGAUGGUUCCGGCGAUUUUGUUGAUAUCGACGACGAUUCCUUGGUGGACUUGGAAUCGGAGGGAGAAGAGCCGGACGCUGGAUCGGGUGGUGUUGGCUUGUCAUCCAUCGACAAGAAACCGCCGUCGUCGACGGCCGGAGUUGUCGAUCCAUCGCAACUCCUCCCGCCCUGUUCGCCACCUCUCCUGCCUCCACCUCCGCCAGUCUCAUCCGACGCCGUCGGAAUUGUCCGGGAAAUGCACGGAAUGCAGAACGGAUUCCGCUGCACCGAGAAGGGCGAGCCGGGCGAACGCGGAGAGAAAGGAGACAAGGGCUCAUCCAUCGACGGAGGCGGAGGCGUUUGCGGCUGCAACGAGAGUUCCAUCAUCGCCAAACUGGCCGAGCAAGUCAAACAGGGUCCGCCGGGCGUCGACGGCAAACCCGGCAUGACGGGCAUUCCGGGAGCUCAAGGUCAGAUGGGACCGACUGGACCUGAAGGCCCAGCUGGAGAGAAAGGAGAACGCGGAGAUAGCGGCCCAGUUGGCAAAGAAGGUCCUUCCGGACCCAAAGGCGAGCCUGGUCGUGAUGGACUCCCCGGCAUUCCCGGCAACCCUGGACAGCCUGGACCACCGGGUGUGGCUAGCGGACCACUGGUCCUCGAAGAUGGAUUUGGUUCGGGAUUCGGGGCUACUUUGGGCCGACCUGGAAGCCCUGGACCUAAAGGUGACGCCGGUGUCAAUGGCAAACCGGGACCGAGAGGCGAACGCGGUGAUCCUGGUCCUAAAGGCGAACGGGGCGGUAAAGGCGAAACUGGAAAUGACGGAGAGCGAGGCCAUCCGGGCAAGGACGGAACUCAUGGAACCAAAGGAGACGUUGGAGCGCCCGGUCUGGAUGGAAUGCCGGGAUUGCCCGGUGAGACGGGACGAUCCGGUUCGAAAGGUGAAGCCGGUGAAAGAGGAUUGCCUGGACCUCCAGGACCUGCUAGCGCAUUGCAACUGGACGAUUUCGAUACCGGAUCGGGUGGCGGACCCUUGCCAGGGUCUUCCAGGUGGCCCAAAGGCGAAAAAGGAAGUCCAGGCGACAAAGGAGAUCGAGGUGCCGAUGGAAAAACGGGCCACAUGGGUCCUAAAGGCGACGCUGGCGAGCCUGGAUUGCCAGGACCCAAAGGCGAUAUCGGCCCUGUGGGCCCAAUUGGUCCAGCUGGACCACCAGGACCUACUUCAGUCAUUCCCAGUCUUGGCGGAAUGAAAGGUGAUCAAGGAGACCGUGGCAAACGAGGCAAACCUGGUCCGCCAGGUCCACCUGGUCCUGCUGGACCUUCCGGAGACAUUGGUAUCCCCGGAUAUCAGGGUCGCAUCGGUCGUCCUGGUCCAGUUGGUCCACCUGGUUUACCGGGAGUUAAAGGAGAGCCAGGAUCCAUCAGUGGAUUCCUGGGAGGAUCGCAAGGACCUAAAGGCGAUAGCGGAGCUCCUGGACGACCAGGAACUCCUGGAACCAACGGCCGUGAUGGACUUCCUGGUCCUCCUGGCCUUCCAGGGCCUGCUUCCAGUUCUGCACCUUAUCACCAUCCUCAUCCUGGACCUCCAGGCCCACCUGGACCACCCGGACCUCCUGGACCCCCCAGCGGAUCAUCUUCCAAACCAGGAUCGUCUUCGUCGUCGCAAGGUGGUGAGGAGAGCCAGAAGGUGGUGGUGCCGGGAGCCAUCACCGUCACCAACAUGGAAGCUCUUUUCAAGAUUUCAGACAUCAGCCCCGUCGGAACCAUCGCCUAUCUCUACGAGGAGGAGAGUCUUCUAGUCCGCGUCCGCAAAGGCUGGCAGUACAUCUCGAUGGGAAAUUUCGUGCCGUUGCCGACGCCUACGACGACGACAAUUCCGCCGCCGACCACAUUGAAACCGUCGGCGCCCAGCGCUGCCGAGAAUCUGGUCCCCAGAAUCGCCGAAGGUCCCAGUGAUGAGGAAAUGUGGCAGGACGGACCUGUCAAACCAUCGUUGCGAUUGGUGGCGCUGAAUGAACCCCUUUCCGGAGACAUGGGCGGCAUCCAGCGCGUGGACUACGCCUGUUUCAGACAGGCCCGUCAAGCCGGACUCAGAGGAACGUUCCGAGCCUUUUUAGCCUCGCGUGUCCAGAAUCUCGACACGAUCGUCCGCUCGUCCGACCGUGAAUUUCCAGUCGUCAACCUGAGGGGUGAGGUGUUGUUCCGGACGUGGAACGAUCUGUUCCGCGGCGGGCGGGCCAGCGAAUUUGCCUCUGCUGCCCGUCAGCAGCGACACGACAUUUACAGUUUCAACAACCGCAACAUCUUCAACGACAUUGUCUGGCCGCAGAAGGUGGUCUGGCACGGAGCCGGGCCCAGCGGCGAACGCCAACUCGACUCGUACUGCGACGCCUGGACGUCCAGCGACGCCAAGACGCUCGGAGUUGCCGCCUCUCUCAUCGCUUCCUCUCCUUCCUCCCACCAACAGCAGCAGCAGACGGGCGGCAGUGGCGGUGGCAAAUUGUUGGCCCAGGACAAGUUUUCGUGUCAGAACCGAUUCGUCGUCCUGUGCAUCGAAGCCACCAGCCAAGGGGUGGCCACCGGUGGCAGUGGGCGGGUGAAGCGGACGGCCGAGCACAUCAUCUCGGAGGAUCACUACCAAGCCCACCUUCAGUCGCUCUUUUAACUUGUUCAUUUGUCGUGAUCCAGAAAUCUCUCGCACGCAAAUUUUUGAUUUCAUUUGAAAAUGAUUUGCAAAAAAUGACCCACGAGUCGACCAAAGACCCGAAGGCACUUCUUCGUCUCUGCAUUUCCUUUUUUUUUAAAUGUUUUCUAAACUUGUGCAGCUUUUUUGGCGGGGAAUAAAAAACAAUCCGACGACAAUCGACCCAAAAUGUCGUCGUUGGCAAUUUCUAUAUUUUUGAAUUUUUACCCCUUCCUUGUUUUUCUCUCGCCCCCCCCCCCCCCCCCCCGAGGAAUGAUGAGAUUGUCUGUCUGUGUGUUGCAUCAGUCACAAAAUGUGUUCUGCGUCCAAAGUAUUUGAUAUAACACAAGAAAACAAAAGAAAAAAACAAAACAAAACAAUUGUACGGUUCUCCUCUUUUACAAAUUUGAAUUAUUUGGACAUUUUGUCAAUCAUCUCUCGACAUAUCUAUCGCGCUUCAGUCUCUGGCUUGUGUUAAACCCUUGAUUUUAUUCUUUUUGCUACCGUUUCAAUUGUGUUAUUUUCGCUAUGAUCUUUGAUUUGAUUUUGAUUUUUUUUUUAAUUUCAAAGACGAAAAUGGGGAAAAUGUUUCUGGUUUUCGAUUCCAAUGUGAGCGAGAGAGAGCGAAACUGUUUGGCUUUUUGGGAGAUUGAAGAGGAAGAAAAAAAUAACAGAAAAAUGAGUGUAGUCAAAAGAUCCCUCGUUUCGUGUGUUGUGUGUGUUUUAAUUUAUCCCGAGAUGCGGCGAAAAAUGGCGAUGUGACUCGUGUAACUUGCGUUUUCGAAAAAAAGCACCACCCGCCUUCGUUAAAUUUGGUCGAUCCUGUCGCAGAGGAAAUGCGAAUGAUGAGAGAAAAAGAUUUUUUGGAGGUAAAAAUGAAUUUUUUUCUUUUCGUAAUCACUUGCGGCGGUUUUUAUUUUUUGGCAACGGAGGAAUGGAACCUAUUGUUACAUGUGAAUUGUCAUUUGGAAAGAAAACAAUUGGUCUUUCUUUUUUUAUUAUUAUCAUUUCAUUGUUUCUUUUUGUGUGUUUUCCUUUCUCAUUAUAUUAUAAUUAUCUUUCUCUUUUUUUUCCUUGCUGAAAUCUGUACAUUUCUACAUGGGAACUUUACAUGUCUUGCCAAAGGCAACACGCCCAUUAUUAUUAUUAUUAUCACUUUUUGUGUUCUUUGUAAUCAUAACCGGCCAGAGCUUGUUGAAAUACAUUUUGCUGAUUGUCA